AUGGACGACCCCUUUGGAAGUCCAACAACAUCAACCCUGCCCCGGCAAAGGUCACGACCCAAUCUUGCCCACCACCUUCCAGCACCACCUUCGUCUCGGUCCCUCGCUUCCCAGCUCCGCGAUUCUCCAACUAAACCCUCCCAGAAGCUUGAAUACACUGGUCAUGCUCUCCAUCAACAUCUCUCCUCGCUCCUCGAGCAAAAGACUGCCCAGCUUCAGAUGUUGGGAACAAUGGGGCAAGAAAUUUUGAAGCAGCAACAAGAGCUCGAGGAACGGAUCAAAGGCUUUGACGAGGAUGAUGGCAUCGACGAAGAGGUCGGCGAAGACACAAAAGUCAAGCUCAAAGACCUGGACGAGGCGAUGAGACAAUGGGAAGCUCAAAACGAGGACAUGAUGCGAGAGCUCGGCGGCAAGAUGCCCGACAGUCUGGAAGGUCUCGAUCUGAAAGCUCCCGUGAUGGAGAAUGGCACAACCUCAGCUUCCAUGAACCGCCGUCAGCGCAACGCCCAACAUCGCGCACUCGACAUGGAAUUCGCGACUGAGAUCGGUCAAAACCUCCUUGCCGAAGUCCGACGGCUACAAUCGCUUCUCAAUGAACGCGAGAAGAGCGUCGAGAAGCUCAACGAGGAGAAGGACAGCUGGGAAGUGGAGAAGGCCAGCCUCGUCGGUGCGGUCAGAAACGCCGAGUCCAGUGUCGACCGCUACAAGGAGGAAAAUUGGAAUCUCGAAGUCAACCUUCAAGAACUCCGUGCUGCUCAUUCGGACGCUCAAGAGCAACUGACCAAGUCCAACAUAGAGCACACCCGACUGAAUCGCUCCAUCCUCUCUGUCCGUGAACUCGCCGAGAUGCACAAGACAGAUGCUGAGAAAAACGCUCAACUACUGGAAGACCUCAAAGCCAAGCACGAGACUGAUAUGGCUCAGGCGAGAAAGAACUACGCAGGUUUGCAACGCGACAAGAGCGACCUCUUGACAGAGCUUCAUGUGGAACGCAACCGUCGCGUGUCGGCUCUGAGGGGUCGGAUGUCCCGAGGUGCAUCCGCCAGUCCUGGUCUAUCCACACCCGGCGGAGCCGACGAAUCGUUCGAAGAGGACGAGGAUGUCUUUGCUGCCACUGUGGACGAUGCUAGAAAGCGCAGUCUUGCGGCUGAGAACAAUGCUCUUUCACCCGGCAACAUCACUGCAUUCUCAUCUUCGCCCGACCCCACACCGUCCAAAGACCGUGUUCCCCUCUCUGAUGUCUACAUCAACGAGAUUGACGAGCUUCGCGAGAAUCUAGAAAGGGCACGAGCCGAGAUUGCCACGCUCAAGGGUGAACAGCACAAGGCUCGACGCAUGGCAUCCCGUGAGGACAUCACUCCACGAACAUCGGGCGACUGGGAAGAAGAAGACUCUAUACUCUCUGGUCGAGGUCGGGGAACAGUUCGAGGUAGACGAGGUCGAGGCAGAGGUUUCGCAGCCAGCCUUUCCCGCAAGCUCGGAUUUUCUCGUGUUCCAAGCAGUCUCAGCAACGGUUCGACACCAAAUGACAAGUCCUUCAACUCGACCAGCACAGGCACACCAGACCUGCUCCGAUACAGGGAAUCAGUCUCCCCUGGUCUUGACUCACCCUCCCUCGCUUCUCGAGCCCUCUCGUCUGAAACGUCUCUCGAUCGCCCGACCAGCUUUAUGGGUCCUUCAACGGCUUUAGCCGAUGAGCUGGGCUCUGGUAAUUUGGAUUCUAUGGACUACGCUAGCGGUUCAAAUGCCACGGAUUGGUCUCCAGAGAAGCAACCUCAGGCCUACCUUGAAAACCAAGUCGAAGUCACGACGCCCACUAAAGGCGUGUUCGCCGAGUCGACCAAGUCCAAUAUCGAAGAGUCUACCCAACCCACCGGUGAACGUACACCUACCAAACCUGCGAAGGCUCUGCCCAUUGCUGUCAUCUCGCGACGACCUUCGUCCGUCGCGGAUACCACGACCGAUGGCGAGACGGAUUAUGCAGACGCUGAAUCCACCAUGGAUGUUGCGACACCUCGUGAAGGUACAGCCGAGCUGCCAACGGACGCCGAUGAAUCUUCCUAUGCCACAGGCAGAGAAUACGCUACGGCGGAAUCUAGUGCCGGAUCCGACUCUGACGAAGGAGACUACACUCAAAGACUUGGCAUUUCCGGAAGUAUGCUCGGUCUCGGAGGAGCUGCUGCCGCUGCAGGGGGAUAUGCGGCCUACAAGCAGGCCCAUAAGGUUGCGAGUCGUGAUUUGAUCCGCGAAAAGAUUGUCGAGCGGAUCGUUGAAGUUCCGGUGGAGAAGAUAGUCGAGGUGGAGAAACGGGUCGAAGUGCCCGUCGAAGUAAUCAAGGAGGUCAUGGUGGAGAAGCCGAUCGAGGUGAUCAAAGAGGUCUUUGUCGACAGACCAGUGGAGGUGAUCAAAGAGGUCAUCAUCGAUAGGCCUGUGGAGGUCAUCAAGGAGGUCAUCGUCGAGAAACCGGUGGAGGUCAUCAAGGAGGUGUUAAGUGAGAAACCGAUUGAGGUGAUCAAGGAGAUUAUUGUCGACAGGCCUGUGGAAGUGAUCAAAGAAGUCAUCGUGGAGAAACCAGUCGAGGUCAUCAAGGAGGUCAUUGUCGACAGGCCUGUUGAAGUGAUCAAGGAAGUCAUCGUGGAGAAACUAGUCGAGGUCAUCAAGGAGGUCAUUGUCGACAGGCCUGUUGAAGUGAUCAAGGAAGUCGUCGUGGAGAAACCGAUCGAGGUCAUCAAGGAGGUCAUCGUUGACAGACAUGUCGAAGUGAUCAAGGAAGUACCGGUAGAUCGACCCGUGGAGAUCAUCAAGGAGGUCAUUAUCGACAGGCCUGUCGAGGUCAUCAAGGAGGUCAUUGUUGACAGACCAGUCGAGAUCAUCAAGGAGCUUGUCGUGGAGAAAUCCGUUGAAGUGAUUAAGGAGGUAGAGAAGCCAGUCGAGGUGAUCAAAGAGGUUGAGAAGAUCAUCGAGGUUCCCAAGAUCGUCGAGGUUGAGAAGAUUGUCGAACGGAUCGUCGAGAAGGAGGUUGAGGUCCCGAAGAUCGUGGAAGUAGAGAAGAUUAUCGAGAAGAUCGUCAACGUGGAUCGUGAGGUCGAGAAACCGGUCGAGAGGAUCGUCGAGAUACCCAAGAUCGUGGAGGUGGAGAAGAUCGUGGAGAAGAUUGUUGAGAAACCAGUCGAGGUCUUCAAGCAAGUCGAGGUGGAAAAGAUAGUCGAGGUGGAACGGAUCGUCGAGAAACCGGUCGAAGUGAUCCGCGAAGUCGAAAAGAUUGUUGAAGUCCAAGUUGACAGGGUAGUAGAGGUGCCAGUCGAAAAGAUCGUGGAGAAGAUCGUUGAGGUACCUGUGGAGGUCGUCAAGGAGGUCGAGAAGAUCGUCGAAGUGCCUGUAGAGGUCAUCAAGGAGGUUGAGAAGAUCGUGGAGUUACCUGUUGAGGUCAUCAGAGAGGUCAUCAAGACUAUCGAGGUCCCCGUGGAAGUCCUCAAGACGGUCGAGAUUCCCGUCGAGGUCAUCAAGGAGGUUAGCAAGACCGUUGAAGUCCCCAUCGAAGUUGUGAGGAUUGUCGAAGUGAUCAAAGAAGUCGAAAAGAUCGUCGAGGUCCCAGUGGAAGUCAUCAAAACUGUCGAGGUACCUGUGGACCGCAUUGUCGAGAAGAUCGUGGAGAAACGGGUCGAGGUUCCGGUCGAAAAGAUCGUCCCAAUGCCCUCCCCCACACCAUCCUCUCCGACCGUGUCUCCCGACCUUGGGAUCUGGCGUGUGCAACCUGGUGCCAAUUACGACUUCCUCAAGGCGCCCCCACCUUCUGGCUCUCUGGGAGGCAAGACCCGUGCUUCCACCGAAACAUCCGCGCUGGGGCUGGGUUUCCCUGCGGACGAUGGCUUGCCCGCCACAAGGGGGCUCUCGCCAGCUUUGACGGUGGAUGGUCUUCCACCUGCCUCGCCUUCCGCAUCCGUCGACAGGACCCUGCCUCCUACGAUGAGCUUACCUCCUCCUCCUACGAUUCCGCCGCCUGCCGAGCAGAAGAAGACCUCAACCGGGCCACCUCCCAGGCCACUAUCUCCCCCACCAGACGAAUUCGUCUCUCGUACUGCUCGCCGCGCGUCCCGACCAGCAGUCGUCACCAAAGGAGCCAUGGGCCCUCCAGAAUCCGUCAUUCGAAAACCAUCACGUACGUCCGUCCGACCGCCUCCGAGCCCUGCGGCGUCGGCAUUCGAAACCAGACGUCGCGGACACCGUGGCACACUGCCUGCUUCUGGACAAUCCAGCUUCUCAAUGCGCAAUGAUAAUGGCUCCAUCUCAUCCAUGGGCAGUGUGGUCCCACCGGGAGAGCAUAAGCGAAGUGGAUCCGUUGUGGCCGGCACCACUGACCCAGCGACCAUUCAUGCCAUUACUCAGACCAUGAUUGGAGAGUAUCUUUGGAAGUACACUCGACGAGCGCUUGGCAAAGGUCAGAGUGAGAAUCGACACAAACGAUUCUUCUGGAUUCAUCCGUACACUAAGACGCUUUACUGGAGUGCAAGCGACCCAGGCAGUCUCGGUGCUCAGGAAUCAUCAGCCAAGAGCGUUGUAAUCACCAAUGUCAAGGCAAUUGACGACGCCAAUAACAGUCCGCCAGGGCUGCACAGUCAGAGCAUCGUUGUGUCUACUACUGGGCGAGACAUCCAGUUUACUGCCGAGUCGAAAGAUCGACAUGAUCUGUGGAUGUCUGCGCUGUUGUUCCUCCUAUCGGAAUCCGCUCCUACCGGCGUCGCCAACACAUUGAAGCAUUCCAGUACAGUCCGAGCCAUGUCUUCGCGAAGUCUCGCGGCGGAUGAGCAAGGCAGAUUGACCUACACUCCAACCAUCCCCAAAUCCCCUAUGUCGAUGCGAUCCCUCCACUCUGUCAACAGCUUCACCAUGACGCCCAAGGCAUACCCUCGACCACCUUCCGCGUUGAGCGCCAGAGCUGCUUCAGCGAUGGAGAAGCGCUCGGGAACUCCUGCAUUUGAGUACUAUAGAAGACACGAGGUCCCCGCCACUAUUCACGGUGGACAUCGAUACAAGGGGACAUACAAGGGUGCGCCUUUCAUGGAGGAUUUUGACGUGAUUACUGCGGAGGAUGGAGAUGAUCCGGACGCCUCAUUUGAGGGGAUGGACAAUGUCAGGGCUUGCUGUGACGGCCGACACACGGUCGGACACCAUCAUCACCCCGAGAACGAGUCUGUCACUGGACCUCCAGAGCGACCGGCCCCUCGAUCCGUCACACCUUCCCUUCGAGCAUUUUCUAUGCGAUCGAGACGUGCUAGUGCUGCGUCGUCCAAGCGACCUGGAAUUCCAAAGGGGAAAUUCCGAGAGGAGGAGCCUGCCGUGCCCAAGAUUGACGAGAGGUCCAAGUCCGUCACGGGACAUAUCUGA